GGCCGGGCGGGCACAGCGGCGGCGGCGCCAUGAGGCCCGGGCAGGGGCACCGAGAGUAAGUGCGGCGCGCGGCGGCGGCGGCGAGGGCGCGGCCCCACCGUCACCACCUCCUCCUCCUCCUCAUCACCAUCCUCCGGGUCCCGCUCGCAGCGCGGCGGGACCGCCGCGGUUCAUACCCCCUCCCCCCCCGCCCCACGCCUCACCAUUGUCCUUCCCGGGUGUCCCCUCCCCCGCCCGCUGAGGCAGCACCGUGUGCCCACCCGCCCCCUGUCGCGACACCCGCCGCAUGUCGCGACGGCGGCGCCCGCCCCGCCUCGCCGCGGUCUCCCCCGCGCCCGGGGCCCCCGGCAGCCCCCGCUGCUGUCCCCGGGCCCCGCGCACACGGCCCCGGGUCGCGAUAGCGCGCCAGCCGCCGCGACAGCACGGCCCUCCGCGGGAAGGGGGAGUGCGGCCGCAGUGCGAGCACGUCCUUUGUGUGAUUCUUCCCCAAGAAAAGUGUCUAUUUGCGAGAGGCUCGCAGGCUGCUGUGGGCUGGAGGGGACCUCGAAGCCCGUCUUUGCCGCGGGCAGGGAGCAGGUAUCGCCAAUAAAUCAUCCGUGGUUUUUAUUCCCCGACCGGUGUUCAAGUGUCUGAAGAAGAAGAAGAAGAAAACUGCAGGGCUGGACUCCAGUUCUCAGUGCGCUCGUGCAGCAAAGUGCUGAGAUGGUUUUGGCUGUGCAGCGUGUGAACCUCCCCACAGCACCUGCGAGGGCUCGCCGGCAUCUCUCACCCUCCCCUGGUAGCUCUGGGUACAAGUUCAGGUCGCAUUCUCAAGAAAAUACAAGUUUUUGUGGAAAACUUUUUGCAGCAAUACUUUUUUCCUCCUUACUGCACAAACCCGGUUCUUUGUUGCUCCGGCCGCUGCGGGAGAGGAGGGAGCUGGGAGCUCUCAGGAGAUAAGUGUGCAGAGGAGUGAAUGCCCCAUGUUGUGUUAGUGCCUGUCUGCCAUGCUGGCCUGUCUGCCAGGACCAGGCGACCUCUCCUUUCAGCUUCUUUCUUACACGCAGAUGAACACUGGACUUCAGAAAUGGGACACUACACAGAAAAUGAGAUCUGCACAGUAUCCUACCCCAGCAGAAUUGGAUGCUUAUGCUAAGAAGGUCGCCAACAAUCCACUGACUAUAAAAAUCUUUCCGAACAGCGUCAAGGUUCCCCAGAGGAAACACAUUCGCCGUACUGUGAACGGACUCGAUACUUCGGGCCAGAGGUACAGCCCCUACCCAUCUCAGGCCACCACAAAAACGGGCCUGCUGGCCAUAGUCAAAUCCCCAGCGAAAGGAAUCAUCAAGGACUUUGACGGGACGCGCGCGCGCCUGCUGCCGGAGGCGAUGAUGAACCCCCCCUCCACGCCCUACGUUGCACCAAGCACUUUAUCCCACCCCCAGGCGCUCGCUCGCCAGCAGGCUCUCCAGCAUGCACAGACUUUGCCGCACCCCCAGAGCAUCCCGCAGCACCCUCAGGGUAUUCCACAGCCACCCAGCUUACCGCACCCUCAGGGGAUCCCGCAGGCGCUGCCGCACCCGCAGAACAUGCAGCAGCCGCAGGGCUUGCAGCACCCGCAGCCCAUGGCACACCAGACCCUGCAGCACCCCCAGAACCCGCUGCUGCAGCCGGGUUUACAUGGAGGCAGAAAGAUGCCGGAUGCAGACGCGCCGCCGAAUGUGACCGUGUCUACCUCAACCAUUCCCCUCUCUAUGGCUGCCACCCUGCAGCAGAACCAGCCACCGGACCUGAGCAGCAUUGUGCACCAGAUUAACCAGUUCUGCCAGGCCAGAGCUGGCAUUAGCACUACCUCAGUGUGUGAGGGACAGAUUGCAAACCCCAGCCCUAUAAGUCGCAACCUGCUUAUCAAUGCAAGUACCAGGGUAUCUACUCACAAUGUCCCUACACCCAUGCCUUCCUGUGUAGUAAACCCUGUCGACCAUGCUGCUGCUGCUAUUCCUCCUGCCUCUGUUAAUGUGCCCAUGGUCAAUAUUAACAGGGUGCCACCCGCCUACCAGAACGAAAUCAAAUCGGUUGCGUGGAACCAGCACCAGCUUGCACAUCUGCAGCAAAUGUGUGGGGAUGCUGCUGGGCCUGCUGGACUCGCAGGGAAGCACCCUCAGAGAGAGAUCGCAGGGCAGAGUUUCCCUGGCAAAACUUCCAACUACCCUCAAGAACUGUGCAUGGGCCAGUCCUUCAGCUUGAAGCCCCCCAUUGAGAAGCCUACGCCUUCUCCGCCUGUGAACGGGUUGCAGGGACCUUUGCCAUAUACCAAUGGGCACUAUUUCCAGCCCCUCUGGAAUAACAUCCUGCCCACGCCCAACAGUGACAGCUCUGGGUCCCAGGACCUCACCAUGCCUUUCCAUGGGGGACAGCCAGCAGGAGCGACGCUGGAUUGUGCAGGAGGAACUCAUUACAGAGCUGGAGCUGGCCCAUCCAGCCAGAAUAAUGUGAUGCAGACCAUGGAUUACCUAAGUGGGGACUUCCAGCAGUCCUGCUUCCGAGACCAGAGCAUGGUGCUGGGAAAAGUCCAUCGGCCUCCCAUGAACCGAGCACCUGAACCAACCGAUAGUCGAAAUCUUCAUAUUCAACACCCAGGGUAUAGAUAGGCUGCAGUCACUUUCACAGACAAAAAAAAAAAAAUUAUAGGUUUUAGUCUUAAUUUUAAUUAAUAAGCAAGGCGUUUUUAACUUGCAAACUUGUGUGAUCAUUAUAGUACCCAUUGGAAGAAGACAUACUGUAUAUCUAAAGAGCUUUGCUUACAUGUUAUCUCUCUCCUUUAUGCAUCAAAUAUUUAACAUGCCUUUUGUGUCAAAGAAUUUCAUUACACUACUUCGCGCCACAGCUGUUUCCUCACUGCAGAGUCCCCCUUUGUACAGCUUUUUUUUGCCUUCUGCUGAGCAGCUCCUCGCUGGCCUGAGGUUGGGUUGCUGCAGGGUUUUGCAGCCGCAUCUGUGCUCCGGCGAGAGCGAGGUAGUGUAGCUGCUUCCAUUUCCAUCUCAAUUUCCUCACAAGAUUAAGAGCAACAGAAUUUUGUCAGGGAGUAGGGCUUGUUUUCAACUCAAAAGCCCAUUUCAUUAAUGCAUUAAACAUUGACCAUUUGCACUGUCUAGAGGCCUGUGUAAUUGAAAAAGAGCCUAUGUUUGAAAAGAGCCUGCUAGGGGUAUGUAUUUAGGCUUUAAUAGAGGGAGAAGCUUUUCAGCUGUUUCUUGCCCACGUUUAUAAUUUAGAUUUUGUCCAAAGUCAAAAGUCUCUGGCAGAUUUUUCUGACGCUUUCUGUUUUCUGGACAGGGUAUGAGGAGGGGAACAGCGGGUUUGGGAUGGAGGCAGCCACGGGGAGCUGCCUUUCUUCGUGUUCCCCCUCCCCACUGCCCUUCCACCAGCCUCAAAGCUCACGUUGUCUGAAUCCCUCGCUGCUAGGAGUCUGGCCAGCCUCGUGUGAAGGGAAUCCAGACCCACUGACAACUCCAAAAAG